AAUUGUGUACCUUUACGUUAUUAUAGGCUUUACACCACUAAGGUUAUAGACGAUUCUUGGAGCCAUCACUGGCACUGGGCCUGGGCGUUUGGGUUCAGGUCGGGUGAUUUGGGUUUUCGGAUGGAAAGGUACAAAAUCCGUUCGGGUUAUUUUAUACUUUGGAUCGGGUUUAGGUUUUUAAGGUUCGGGUUUGGGUUAUUUCAGAUAUAACCGAACUGUGUAACAAAUAAAUAAAAAUUCUAUAUAUAUAUCCUUGAUUUGACUUUGUGAGACUAGAAACAAUAUUGUUGAAGUUAGAAGAUUGAACAACUUAAUAUAAGAUUUAUGAUCUUUCUGAUUUGUUAUUACGUUGAGGAACACAAGUAUGUAUUCUUUUUCUUCGUGUAAUUUUUAUUAGUAUUAUCUUGAGUAGAAAAUGGUAAAGAAUCCGUCUAUUCAUAAAUCAAAAUCAAAACGACAUCAAAAUCAAACAGAAAUCAAAUCUGGAUAAUCAUGAAUGUUUAAGCUCAUGCCUGUAUAAAGAGCAAAUAGAAAACAAAUCGCAAAUCCUAUUUGUAAUCAAACAUAAAUCAAAAUCGCAAAGUAUAGUGAUUCAUACAUGUAAUUGGUCAUAAAAUGAGUUUAAGUAUACACUGAACAUAUAGGUUGAAAAAGGAGAAGACGGAAAGAUAAAUGGAAAUGGAAGAUGUAAGUUUAGGGUUAGAGAGUUAGUAAUAUAUAUAUAUAUAUAUAUAUAUAUAUAUAUUCGGGUACUUCGAUAAUUGUUUCCGGUAUCGGAUAUAACCAAUCAGGUACGGGUAUCCGGACUAGUUGAAUCCUAAACAUGUUCGGAGUUUUUUCGGUUUGGUUUUUGGUUCGGAUUUUUCGAGUUGGAUCGGAUUCGGGUUUGGUUUCGGUUAAUACCUAACUGGCACCUUCAAACACGUUAGACACUUGCUGCUGUUAGAUCUGUCCACCGCUAUAACAAUUUCCCUUACACAUUCCAACAUUUUUUUAAUAUUCUCUGUAUAAUAAAACAAUCGGAAAAUCAUAUUCAUUGUAGUUUUUUUCUUUUGUUUUCUGUGAUAUAAACGUUUUUUUUUCAUAUGGUCCAUACUUUUUUUGAAAUUAUUUAGUUACCGUAAGACUUUGGUUUUAAAAUUAAGGACGUGUUAUAUGGUCCAUAACUUUUAAUGACAGAAAAUUAUUAUUGUUGAAAUCUCCAUUGGGUACUCAAACUACUGAAAUUUAAAAGUCUCCUCUUUAAGUCACGCACAUUUGCGUUACAAUGUGACAUAAUACAUGAUGAACGUAGAGACUCCGGGCUCCGGCUAUAACGAUUCCUUACAAUGAUCAUGAAUUACAUUAUCAAGACCGAAUCUAUGUAUAGUCCAAUAAAAUAUUGAUUUUGAUCGGUAAAGUUUAUAAGAUUUUUUUUAUAUAAGUAUAGUUUUCUAAAUUAUAUAAUUUUUUUUGUUUAUAAAUUUCUUAAAAAAUGUUUCAAACCUCCAAAAAAUCUCAGAUCCGACCCUCUAAAUCAUAAUGUUUUAAAACCCAGUCUUAAAAUAAAAAUAAAAGCCUCAUUAAUCGUUACAACCCACUCCAUCUUAAUUUAUUCACUGUAUUUAUAUCUAAUCUAUUAAAAAGAAGGAAGUACAAAAUUAGAUUACCUUUAGUUUUACCACUUAUUUACAAUGAAAUACCGUUGAAAUAUUUAUUAAACUUAUAUUUAAGUAUGUUUAUCUUUUUCUAAUUUAAAUUAAGAUUUCUUUAAUCGAACCUUAACCAAAUUAGAUUUUUCAAUAGAUUACCUAAUAUAUUUUAUAUUAAUGUAUUAAAUAUUUUCCGAUAUUUAUUAGUAAUAAAUAAUAAGUGAAAACCACAUAUCAUAAUCAUUUUAUAUAAUAUAUAAAUAAAAUAUAAAGUAAGCUAUUCAUAAAUUAUUGGUAUAAUAUUUUCAUAUAUAUAACUAAUUGGACUUAUGUAUAUGAAAACAUUAUACCAAUAAUUUAUGAAACACUGUGAUAUAAUAAACGAUUAAAAUAACAAUAAUAUAAUUAUUCAAAGUAAUAAAAAAAAUUGUUAUGUUUUAAAAUGUUAUACUAACAAUUAGUUAAUACAUUUUAAUUUACAAAUAUAUAUAUUAUACCAUUUAGUACAAAACAAUUUAAAGUGAAAACAAAUAUUCAAACGGUCACAGGUCAAACUCUAAUAAUAAACAAUAAUAGCGUAUGAUAAUUUUUUUAAAAGUUUAUUUUAAUAGAAAUUAUAAUUCCAAAAUUUUAAAUUUUAUUUUAUUUAUUUAAGGGGUGCUAAAAUUUUGGAAUUUGAAAGAUUUAUGACUCAAUCAUAUACUGUUUUAGUAUGAAUAAUUGAAAUUUAUAUUAUAAUAUUUUAUUAAAAUUAAAAUUUUACUUUUUGUUUUUUUUUGGAACAAAAUUUUACUUUUUGUUAUAACUGCAUCGUUUACUUUUCAAUCUAAAUUUACGAGUAGAAUGUACAACUUUAUUUUGUGAUAUAUAUUUUUUGUGAAAAAUAAUUUAAAAUAUAUACUACAUAUUUUUAUGGAGUAAGAGCAAACAAAUAUAUGACCUUAAAAAAUUAUGAAAUUAUCUACAAAAAUGGUAGAAUAAGUAAAGAAAGAAGAAGAAUAUACAUGUUGACUAUAACAUUAUUUUGUUCAAAAAAUCAUAAACGUUUGAAAAUAUGUUAAUGUUAAGAAUAUUUACCAUUAACAAUGUAGAAAAAAACUUUUAGGUAUAUAAAAAUGAAAGCAAACAUCUACACGAUUGCGUUGGUCAAGGUCUAGUCUGUAUUAUUAAAAGAGAAGUACAAUUGUAAAAUAUCCCUUAGUUUUUAACUUAUUUACAAUGGUAUGCUACUAAAGUUAUUAAUUAACAUACUUUUUAGGAUUCUUUGUUUUUUCUUCUUUGAUUAAUGUAUUUCCAAAAUCAAAUUUUAAUAUAAUAUUAUGGCAAAAAUAAUUAAUAAACCUAGCUUUUCGUAUUCUUUAUCUUUUUCUAUUUUAUUUUUUAUAUAUAUCUUAAUAAAUAAAGUUGAGUUUUUUCUCUCAUUAGGGGGUUUUCGCCAAUUGACAUUUUUAUAUAAACGCUGUGUUUAGGUUUGGUUGGUUUCGUUUGGGCUUGCAUUUUCCAUUUUAGCCCAAGAGUUAUUAGGUUUCCUCUUUGUUGACUUGGACAUUGUAAAGGAGAACCACCGUGCCGCUUAGAUCACACCGCCUCCGGACCAUUUGUGGAACGUCUGCAGUCAUCAAUCAUCUUCCAUAUUAAACCAGUCUUUUAUGUCGUUUUCACCACACCUCCCUCUCUCAUGAAAUCGGCCUCAUCGUUCUUCCGUAUAUAUGUGUGUGUGUGUUUGGAAAUAAUGAAUUCCAUAUAUACAUUUCAUAAUUAAAUACAUACAUUAUAUGAUAAUUUUUUUACAAAUUCUAUAUAUACAUAAUAAAUAGUAUAUAACAAUUUUAUUAUACACUAUCAUAAAAUUUUGAUCAAUAAAAAUAGUAUAUACAACAAAUUUAUUAUAUAUUAUCGUAAAAUUUUGAUCCAUAAAAAAUAAAAAUAUAUUUUUUCGGAUAUACGGAUUAUAUUUUAAAUAUGGAUGAUAUUGAUGAUUUACAUGAUAACUAAAGUUACUCAAUAUAUACUAUACUAUUAUUUUGUUUAAAAAUAUCAUUUUACAUAAUUAUUUAAACGGGUAAAUUUUAAAAUAUAUAUUAUUACUUAUACAAGUAAAUAUUUAGUUAUAAAAAAGUAAAAACAAAAUAUGUGUGAGUGCGGGGGUCAUGCUCUAAUAUUUAUUAAAGUAUAAAUAUAUAACUUUCCCUCUGUGGCACUUAAAUUGGUAACAGAGUCGUACUUAUAGGCUGCUUGUUUGGAUGAAACAAUCCCCUAAACUUCUAAAACAUCAGGACUCAGGCUUCAUAUAUUCAUCAUACGUUGCAAAUAAAUAAGACGUGGUUGACAAUAAAACAUUCAUUCUCUCUGUAUUCUUCUUGAUUCAAAAUGAUGAAAACUUUCAACACAAAUUAAUCGAUUUAUGUUUCACCAUUUCCAUUACAGCAAUUCAUUUGUUGAUUUUUGUUUCCAACAGCUUCACUAAAAACAAACUAAUAAAACAUAAAGAAAAUACCCUAAAAUAUAUCUAUCACUAAAUUUUUUUAUUAAAGAUUUUGAAUUACUUUUGUGAAACACACACAUAUAUAUAUAUAUAUAUAUAUAUAUAUAUAUAUUAUUUCGAUGUCAAAAAAAAUAUAUAUAUUAUUUUUUUAAUUUUAAAAGCGCCUCGAGAUGGUUCACAUUAAAUUGUAUGAUUACUCUAUGUGUAACGCUCCGACCGUCCACGGUUAAUGGGUCAUCCACGCCGGCUCACUCGGCCCAUGGAUCCAUUCUUUUUGACGGGCGGUGCGUUAAUAAUUAUUUUUUCAAAGACUCAAAACCAUUGGUUACUGACCCUUGCAAUCACCACAUGGCUUUUCUCCGUGUUUUAGUCUCACUCUCACGGUAUCACGAAUCACUUCUCGAUAGGUCAACUAACCUUCCACUACUUCAACUCAAACACACUUAAGCCUAGAGUUCUAAACUUUGAUGAUAUAGGUAACCAGGACCGGUCCAAAUAAUAAUUGGGCCCUGUGCUGAUUUAAAAAAUGUCUAAACUCAUCCAAAUCUAUAAAGUAAAAUCCUAACUAUUUGUAUUAUACUUGCUUUUCAAUAAUUUAGGGCCCUUAAUUCUUUAAGAAAAUUGGACAAAAAAUAGUGGACCCAGUGCAAAUGCACUGCCAGCACUGAGUCAGAGCCGGUACUGUAGGUAACUAAAUCAUUUCUCUUAAAUCUUUCCAUAUAUUAUAAACCGGGAUAUUACAAUAUGACUCAUUGAUAUUGUAUGAUAAUUUAUAUAUAUAUAUAUAUAUAUAUAUAUAAAUUAAGAGAGACUGAUGACCUGCGGUAAUGAAAUUGACGAAGAAUAGACCGAGAAGAAUAGUUAACGAUGGCAAGAAAUGAAGAUACAUGACCUGGUUAGAAGAGGUUUUACCUAAUGGUUAUUAAGAGAUUAGUCAGAAAUAUUUUGGUGUUAUCAUAGCCAGAUCUAAGAUUAUGAGGCAUAAAUAGAGUCUUCAUUUUUUUCCUUGACAAUUUGAAAACUAUACAAUCUAUAUAUAAUAGUUCUUUAAUUUUCGGAAGACAAAAUGGAUGUUUCAUCAUGAUGUAAUUAGAACCGGCUCUGGUAUAUUGUGUUGGUCUUUUAACAUACAUACUAGAUUCUGAUCCGCCCUUUAAAAGGGCGGGUAUAUUUUUUAUUUAAAAUUACAUAAUUUAUCAAUUUAUUAUUUGAGAUUUUGUAUGUAUAUUCUUAUCUCACAACAUCAUUUUAUAUUUCUUAUUCAUUUUAUAAGAAUUAAAUUUGUUGAAUUGAUGAGACAUAAGAUUUACUCGGUAUAUUUUAGACUAAAUCAAUAAUAUAUAUUUGCAGGGGUUUUCAUAGUUUUUACCAAUGUUUUUGUAUUCGAUCUAGACCCGCGGUCGAACCGGUAAAUUCGAUGAUCCGUAUAUAGUAUGGUUCAGAUUUAGUUAAAAUUCAAUAUUUAAAAACCAGAUAAAUCCGUAAAAAUCAUAAAGUCUGUUACUAACUUGCAAUGCGACAUUGGUGGACUGGAUAAAAAUCCAUAUAAAUCUGAUUAUAUUUGUUUUAAAAUGAUUCAACUUUUGAUAUAUUUUUAAUGCUACAUAAUUUGAAUAAACUAUAUGAUUUGUGAUUCUUUAAAUUUUGAUAAUGCUUUUACUAUAUCGUUUAAUUUUAAUGAAGAAAAUGGUGAUCCAAACUAAAAAGUAUAUAUUGUUUUUUCUUGGCAAAAUUAUUAUAUAUAUAUAUUUUCUCAUUUUAACUGUAUCCAUUUAUAAUUCUGAUCUUUGUUUUGUUUUAUAAACAUAUUUGUGGUUUAGCUCCAUGUCCCCAUCAUUUUUUUGUAUACGUAUGUAAGUCUUUAGUAAAUCAAAUAUAAAUAGCACAUUUUUAUUAUAUUUUUGUUGGGGCCUCGAGAUUGUUUUUAACAAUUGUAACUGAUAAAAUGUAGUAUUUAUAAUUAUCAGCAAAAGAAAGAAUGAUGUUUCGUAGUUAUACGUAGUUAUAAAAUAUGGACUACGUAAUCAAAUAUGAACUACGUAUAUAUACUUUUUUUGGUAAGCUAAACUACAUAUAUUGAUGUUUCGUAGUUAUAAGAAAAACCCAAUAAUAUUAUGGUUGGAGACGCCGCAGUAUUAACUUUUAUGUGAGUGAGUAUGAUUUCAUAUUCUCUUUGUAAUCAAAUAUGAACAUGUCCAUGUUGACCUAUUGUUACAAAAAGAACCAGUUAUAUUAUGGUUGAUGUUACUAUUGAGCACGUAAACGCAUAGUUAUUAAUGUCAUAUUGGGUUUAACACAUUUAAAAAAUGCGGUUAGCUUUAUAGUUAUCAAUGUGUGUUACGGGGGUAUUAACCGUAAUAAAAGUAUAGUUAUGGGUACGUUAUUAGUUAUCCCGCAUCUUUACCAAAUUUCUGUUUUUGUUUGAUUAAAUAAAAUAUAUGGGUGCAGUUAUAAGAAAGUAGCAGCCAAUAAUUAGGUAAGAUAAGUGGUGGUUACAUCCACAAUAUAUAUGCAGUUACAUUAAAAAGCAUGUAUCAUUAAAAUUUUAAAUUGGAUUCAACUAAUAUCAAUUGGGCAUGUUCCUGUUUUAAUAGUAUUGAUAUACAUCCUACUAUAUAUUAAUUGAGAAGUCAUUUUAUUGAUUUUUGCUUACAUGUCGAUCAUAGGUGAACUCUUACAAAAUUGUUAUAAUUUGAUUGGUCGAUGAUUUUUAUUUUUUUAUUUAUUUUAAUUAGAUCUAAAAAAAAGUUAAGUCUAUAACUCAUUAAUAUCACUUGCCAAAUAUAAAAUAUUAGUUACCUUAUGGUAACUCUUAAAUAUAAAAAAAUAAUCAAUUUAUUUCUCUUUCUAUAAUUUCAACAAUUAGUUACCAUAAGGUAAAUAUAAUUUCAACAAUUAGUUACCAUAAAUUAUUAUUCGUAAUAUUAUUUAAAAGUAAGACAAAUUGUUAUGUAAUAUAAUUUCAACAAUUAGUCAACUAUGAUCGACACAUAAGCAAAAUUCACUAAAGUGUUCAAAAUACAGAAUUAUGUAACUAACUGUUGAAAUUAUUACAAAUAAUGAUUUAUGGUAACUAAUUGUGGAAAUUAUAGAAAGAGAAAUAAAUUGAUGAUUUUUUAUAUUUAAAAAUACAUAAAAUAAUAAACGACAAAGCAUUUAUAUAAAUCAAUAUAAUGGUUAAUAUUCCUAUUUAAUGCAUUAUAUUUUAUAUAAAUUAUCAUAAUAUAAAAAUGAUCAAUUUAUUUCUCUUUCUAUAAUUUCAACAAUUAGUUACCAUAAGGUAACUAUAAUUUCAAAAAUUAGUUACAUAAAUCAUUAUUUAUAAUAUUAUUAUGUAAUAUUAUUUAAAAGUAAGAAAAAUUGUUAGUAAAAUUUCAGCAAUUAGUCACCUAUGAUCGACACGUAAACAAAAUUCACUAAAGUGUUCAAAAUACAGACAUAUGUAACUAAUUAUUACAAAUAAUGAUUUAUGGUAACUAAUUGUUGAAAGUUAUAGAAAGAGAAAUAAAUUGAUGAUUUUUUAUAUUUAAAAUACAUAAAAUAAUAAACGACAAAUCGUUUAUAUAAAUCAAAAUAAUGAUUUUAUAUCUAUGACUUCUGUGUUUGGCAUUCCUUAUGGUGGUCUUGUUAUGAGUGGAGGGCUGCUUGGUUUUGCGUUUUCACGGAACCUUACAAGUUUAAGUACUGGGGUUCUCUAUGGUGGUGCCCUUCUAGCUCUUAGUACAUUGAGCAUGAAGAUUUGGCGACAGGGAAAAUCUAGUUUCCCUUACAUACUAGGUCAAGCAGUGCUUUCAGCUGUUGUCUUCUGGAAGAACUUCACAACUUAUUCUAUGGUAUUUCGUUAUCUUUGUGACUAUGCUGCUGAUUGUUUAGCUCUUUGCUUGCUUGCUUGUCUUCAACUUCUUAACGUUCUACUUAUGCAGACUAAGAAGCUGUUUCCUGCUGGACUUUUUGCUGUGGUUAGUGCUGCCAUGUUGUGUUUCUAUUCGUAUGUGGUGCUCUCUGGAGGAAACCCACCUCCAAAGAAACUGAAACCAUCUGCUAGUCCUUCAUACCGAAGAAACUUCCAUAAGUUAUAGAUUUAAAUUGAAAUAGAGAUCUCUUUUUUAACGACUCUGAUGUGUUGGAUUCAUGGUGUAAUUUUAUAAUUUUCAGAGGUAACACUUGUGACAUGUUCUUUCCGGUGA